CGCACAGCGCCUGCGCCGCUCAGUUGCUGCAACUUUCAAGUUUUUUGGAUUCUCUCCCUCGGGGUUCGGGGGAGAUUUGGGGGGGAUUUGGGAGCCCCAGGGGUGGGGCGCAGCGCCCACCGCAGCAUGGUGUCGUGGAUCCUCUGCCGGGUCAUUGAGCUGCUUUUCGGGAUGCUCUACCCGGCCUACGCCUCCUACAAGGCAGUGAAGACGAAAAACAUCCGGGAAUACGUGCGGUGGAUGAUGUACUGGAUCAUCUUCGCUCUCUUCAUGGCCACGGAGACCUUCACCGAUCUCCUCAUCUCCUGGUUCCCCUUCUACUACGAGGUGAAGAUGGCUUUUGUCAUCUGGCUGCUGUCCCCGUACACGCGGGGGGCCAGCCUGCUCUACCGCCGCUUCGUGCACCCCACGCUGGCCCGCAAGGAGAAGGACAUCGACGCGUUCCUCGCCCAGGCCCGGGAGCGCGGCUACCAGACCCUGCUGCGCUUCGGCAAGAGGGGCCUCAACCUGGCGGCCACCGCCGCCGUCCAGGCGGCCACCAAGAGCCAGGGCGCGCUGGCCGGGCGGCUCCGCAGCUUCAGCGCGCAGGACCUGCGCUCCCUGCGCCGCCUGAGCCCCGCGCGCUUCCAGGACCCGCUGUACCUGGAGGAGCAGGAGAGCCCCCGGCAGCCCCUGGCCUACGGCAGCAGCCGCUGCUACGAGAGCGAGACGGACGAUGAGGAGCUGUGGUCGGACUCGCAGGUGUCCCCUCCGUCGUCCCCGCGCCGGGAUCCCAAAGCCCUGUCCCGCAGCCAGAGCCUGCGAUGCCUGAGGAAGAACCCGGGAAAAGAGGGCUCUUCCCGGCUCCUGCGCAGCCGAGCCAAGAGGAAAGCGGCUGCGUCGGAGCAGGACAGCUGAAAAUCCCGGGAAACCUCUGCCAAGGAGGCUGGAGAGGAAUUCGGUGCUGCGGCGUCAGGAGGGAGCGGUGGCUCCCGCGUCCCCGGGGUGGCUCCCGCGCCCCCGGUGCUCCUCACACUGUAAACCCCUUCCGUGACCUCUGUGGUGCCUCCAGGAGUGGGGAGCAGCUCAUUCCCUGCUCUCCCAGACCCCCGCAGCUCGGCGCCGGCGCCUCUGGUGUGGGGUCUGCCCGCUCCUUUUCCCCCGUGCCGUGAACACUACACGCUCCCACCGUCUCCUGCUGCCUUAUUCCCGACAUUCCCGUUCCCCCGGGAGCCGGGGGUGGAUGUGUCCCGUCCCUCUGAAGCCAAAGCCGUGGCCCCUGCCCGGGGUGCCCCCCCAGACACAGACUGACACCCCCAUACUUGAACCCGGAGCGCCGGGCAGCACACGGCUUUUAACGUUCCCCUCUCCCGAAAAAGAGGAUUUUGUACACGGAAAAAUAAACGUUGUUUUGGACUUUGGGAAGGAGGAGUUGUCCCUUCCACGG